AUGCAAGUCGAGGCUCCGGCGUCAUCAUCCUCACCGCUCACUUCACUUUCUUCGCUCGCUCCCUCGUCUGCUCCCUCCGUUGAAGCCGCCUCCACCGUCGCCGGCUCUAGAGCCAAAGUCACCUAUUCGCGCAAGCCUCUCGCAGCCGAACACGACGAUCUCACGCGCGACAGCCUCAAGUCCUCAUCCCCCUCUUCGCAGCCCUCCCCAUCGGCUGACCUCUUUGACUCGCCAAUGCGUUUCUAUGGCCGCAACGCGCCUGUUCACAUCGAUCAGGAUGGCAACGACGUAACGGGCGCUACCGAGAGCUCUCCUGCCACCACCGUUCCGGCUAAUAACUCGGCCAUCAAGAUCGGCCCUUCCUCUCUCUUUCGACGCACCGAUUCACACCCAUCUCAACACAUCAGCAACGACGAUGAUGCAUCUCGACUAAGCUCACCAGAGUCACCUGCACUCGAUCGCACCAAGAAGUUUAACCUCGGCAUGGCAAGAGCCAUCUACGACUCGGACUUGGACUCGGACGCUGGCAUCGACGCCAGCACUGUCCCAUGCAACCCAACUUCAAAGCCUUUGAGCAUCAAAGAGCAUAGCGAUGACCUCGAGUCUGUCCGCAACGUUGGCUCAGACCCUUUCACUGGCUCUCUGUCCUCCGUCCCUCCUUCAAAUUCACAGCCCCUAUCGUCUUUGCAUCUCUCUUCGCACGAAUCUGGCAACGGCCGCAUGGCAGAUGUCGACCAAGAUGGCAGCGUCACAAUCACCCAUCGACGCGGCGCAAAGGUAUCUGCCAUGAAGGGCAAAGGUAGUAGCUCAAAGCACUCCAAGUUCUCAUCCUCCUCCGGCAACGAAGCAAGUUCUGCGUCGGAUGAGGACGAUGACCACGUUCAAUCUCGCCGGCCUCGCACGUUUAAGCUUGUCAGCUCCGAGUCCUCUGACCCGCCCAUGUCUACCGAUCGAGACAAUGUAGAUUCCGGUCCCUCUUCCCCCAACGCCACCGUCCCAUCACGUCGCGAAAGAAUGGACGCUCUUGCUGCCAGAGCUCGCAAGGCACAAGGGGAGGUCGAGGAUGCGAAAGAGGCAACUGCACAGCCCGACCCGCUCUUAGACGAUUUCUUCGGGGAUGCGAGUCCUGCCAGAUUGCCUUGUCGCUCUCCUUCCUUCGAUAUUCAGCAGAGCGACGACGACGAACACAAUGACGCCAUGCCUGCGUUCAUGGCUGCUCAUUCCACCACAAAAACCACUUCCAAGACCAAGUCAAAGAAGAAGAAGAAGAAAAAGUUGGCGCAAAAGGAGCGAGACAUCCUCAGCGAUCCUGAAGCCGACUUUGAUCGCGUCAAUCCCAACGACGCACCUAAGCGUGCUACUGCAUCAACAAAGGAUAGGCAGUCCAAGGUCAAGCCACUCAGCAAAAAGGAGAUGGAAAACAUGCACAGACAGACCGCUCGCAUGGCUCGUGAGAACCGAGCACGACUCGCACCUGCUCAGCCAAAGAAGACCAUUGGUAUCAACGAACUGCUCAGCAAGAUCCGAACCAACGAGACCUUGCGUGGUACUGGCGCUCAACCCUCAGAUAGUGCUUCCGAUACCACUCUCAAGUCUUCUUCGCAAAUUCCUUCCGGCCAGUCCAAGAGCCAGCACGCUUCGGAUCCUAUCGAGUCUGAUCCCAUCCCUGAGCGAUCAAGCCCUCAUCUGAACUAUUCCAGUAGUCCAGUGGUGCCCAUGUCAAGACAGCAGGAGCGCAGACUAGGCCUUGAUCAAAGCACGGGCAGCGCGAGCUUUCUCCAGCAUUCCGCUGUGGGUCGACUUGCUGGUCUGGCCACCAAGCAAGACCAUGUUUUGCAGUCAAACCAACAUUCUCUCACCAAUGCCGGAUCGGAAGACGAAGACGAUAGUCAGUUGCCAGACCUCGCCUCCAUCGUUAAGCAUAGCCGCGACCAGCAAGAGGCCGAGAGGGAUGCAGCUCGAAACAGGCAGAAAUUAUACGACAUCAAGAUUCGUUUGCUGGAACAGUCGCGUCAGAGGUCUUCCCAUGCAGAAUCUCGAAAAGUCACAGUUGAGCCGCAUUCAGGUCAGAAGCCGGCCCAGAUCGGAAUGGAAGACCAAGACGAUCUCGAGGUGUACCGACCCGGCUCGGUCUUGGCAGCCAAGCACAACCUUGCCACCACGCCAGCCAAGAAGCGUCCUACGGAUCUCCUCUACCGCGAGAUCGGCGUUCGCCCUGCCAAGACCCCUCCCUCUCGCAAGUCAUACAUCGGCACCAGCGCCAACGGAUCGCCCGGCGCUAUGAUACACACUGCCGAGGAUUCAGGGAACGUAGAAGGUCAAGACGACUUAGAUGUCACUGACAGCCAGCUGCGUAGUGCCGGAAAGGGUCUCUUUACCACCACUGAAAGAGCGGCGGGUCAUGUCCCGGUAAAACAAGCACAGACAGCUUCGACACAAGCCCGCCACGACGAUGCGCAUGCCCAUACUUCGUCAACUCAGGGCGCGAGACGCGCAGAUCCUCCCAAAAUGACACAGGCGCAGCUUAAUGCGACUUUGAUGCGCAAGGCGCAUACGCAAAGCCUCAAAGCUCGAUCGCAAGGUGGAGCCCAGAAGGCAAGUAGAAAGGAUGCGACGGCGCUGACUACCAACCAGCAUGUACGAUCAGCUGCUCCCGAUGUCGCCGCCAUGCUCCAGCGGCUGAGCGAAGCCGCAACCAGCCAAGGUCAAGAGACAAGCCUGAACAAAGGCAAAGAGACGGAUCAAGACGAGGACGAGGACGAGGACGAGGACGACCCAGAUUACAUCAUGCCGCCGGCACGCGAUGCCGAGUCGGUCAUUGGCGAGCCGAUAGGUAGUGACGUCGAUAUGGGCAGUGCCAGUGAAAUCGAAGCGGCCGAAGAGGAUCAAGACUUGAUCGACUUUGGUAGCGCAGAAGAGGAUGAUGAUGAUCAAGUCGUCGACGAAUCUGGCUUCAGAGAUACGAUCGAGGAAGCCGACGACGAUAGCGAAAAGGAGAAUGCUCCGCCUCGGACCAGUCAGCAAUCGCAGCGCUCGUGUGUCUCGCCCAGUGUUGGUCGCAGCCGCUUGCCGAGCCGUGCCGUCAUGGACGACGACGAAGACGAAAUGCCUGCAGCUCGUCCGCAUGUCAGGAGAGGUAGACGCAGCGCAGUGGCAGAUGACGACGAUGGCGAUGAUGAAGCAGAGGUAGACUCGCUGCAGCCAGGACCCUUUGACAGCAGCCGCGUCGGCACUCAUGCAGCUAAUGCCGCACUGAGCCAGGGACGGCCAAGGGUACCACUCGGCGAUAUCUCGAGUCAGUCGAUAGACCAGAGCAUGCUCUUGUCUCGCUCCAACACGUCUUCGCCCGCCAUCCAACACGCUCAACCUCCAGGUCUGGCAGCUGCCGUCUGUUGCGAUCCUGCUGUCGUUUCCCUUGCGACAGGCCAAUUCGAGGACGAGUCUUUCCGCACCGACGACAUCCCUUCGCAGGCCGCUGAUCUUGGACGCUUCUUUGAGCCGACCAUGCCGCCGCCCUCGUCUGCAGCCCCGCCAGCGCAUGCCGCCUCGGAGGCUCCCAAAUCCUUUUGGGAUCAGACUCAAACACAGACACAGACACAGACACAGAGUCAGAGUCAGAGUGAAUGCCAUUCACCCUCUUCACCAUCUUUCACUCGCGCACCUCAAGCAACCGAUACUCGACGAGAGCUUGUCCGCGAUGAGUCGGUCAACUCGGCGCUCGGCGCUUUCUUCCAGGAGACGCAGCAGGACGAGCUGCGGGGCGAGAGCCUCGACAUUUUCGAUAAUCCCAAAAUCGCUGGUGGUAAAGCGCGUGGCUUUACGCAGUUCUUCUUCGAGGGCACACCGCAGCCAACUGGAGAAGGGCGAGGAGCUACGGGUGAGUCAGAGAGUGAACGCAGCGUCUGGAAUGCCUCGGCCAUGCCGCCGCCCAAGUCGACCGACGUGGACGCGUUUGCAGCGCUGCGCAAGGCUCAGAUGGGCGAGGCGACAGAUCUACUAGAUCCAACCCCCUCGGUGCUGCCCAGCUUUGACGAGAGCCAGGCGGAGCGCGAGGCAUAUGCACAAGCACAGAUGGUCAGCGUGUCUCCCAAGAAGAUGUACAUGAACAGGGACGGCUUCUUCACACAAACCAAGCCGAGCCAACAGGUGGGUCUCUGGUCUCAGUACGACACCCAGAGCCAGUCGCAGAGCCAACCUUUGGCUGCGGUGGGGGCUUCGGGAGUGUCGCCUCACCUAGCUGCGUCUUCCACACGUCGAGCCAGCGAUGUCAGUAGUGCCGGCGGCGACCAGAAUGCAUCUUUAUCCGCGCAGGAAGAGGACGAGAAUGGGCGAGUUCAGCUCAAGCGGUUACGCCGUGGAACUUGCAACGAUGCCAUUGCAGAAGACGCUGCUCAGCAGGAGCGUCAGGACCACGACGACGAUACAGCCAGCCAAGUCGAUGAUCAGAAUAGCCCUCCAUCUAGCCAGCCGGAGCCAAAGCGCCGCAAUGCCUUUGACGUCUUGCGCCAAGGCCCGCUUGAAAUCGCACAGGACGAGCGUGCCUGCAAGCGGAAGAAACGCAAGUCGGCCUACAUUGAAGGAGAGGCCGAAGAGUCCGAAGACGACGAGAUCGGUGGGCACAGGCGCCAAGAUGGCGGUGGACUCAAAGGCGUGUUUGCUGACGACAAUGGCAGCGCCUCUGAGGCUGACGACGACGAAGAUGAUGAAGACGAUGCGGAUGCAGCCGACCUGCAAGAGCUCGUGAACAACGAGCGCGAGCUGGAUGAAGCCGAAAAGGACGAGGUCGCACACGCUCGCUACCGCGCCGACAUGGAGGCCAGGGACCGCGAAAACCAUGAGAUUGCCCAAAAUGCGAUUCAAGGUGUCUUCCGAAACCGUCGUCGAAACGCGGGCUUGAACGGAAUCGAAGGGUUUUUGGACCAAGAUGCCGACGAGGAGGAAUUUAGAAGGCGUGCUGAGCUCGGAUCGCGCAUGUCCGCAUCGACGUGGAAGAAGCGCAAACUGCUCGAUGGAACUGAGGAUGGCCUGGAUGCGCUGGCAGCGCACGAGGACGCUCAGGCGUUCGUCAAAGCUUAUACUGCAACGCAUGUGAUCGAUCACGAGUCGGAAAGGUACGCGUUCUUGGAGAUGGCGGCUGAUGACCAAGAGGAGGAGGACAGCAACGAUGAGGACGAGGACAUGGACGAUGACGACGCGGCUGCGAACCAGGCCGAGGACCACGACGAGCAAGGCUUGGCGGUGGACGAGUUUGGACCAAUCGUCACCAAGCAGCCGCGCACGAUCGGCUUCAAGGAUGUGGCCGAAAUCGUGCGCGAACGAAGAAAGGCUAAACACCGGAGCGCCAUAGAUGACGAUGAAGGAGAUGACAGGCAAGCGCACGGCGACCAAGCCAACGGAUGGGAUUCGGACGAUGACAACACGGAAGUACGCGUGACAACUGCGCUCAAGGACCACACCAAGUUGGUUGCAACGACCCAAAUGCGGGGCAUUCCAUUGACGGCCACUGCUCACGCCAAGAAGAAGCCAUCGUCAUCUGUUCAGUAUGGUCGAAAAAACACGUCUGCGGUCGAAGAAAGUCACAGUAUCGAAGCAAUGGACGUGGAUACGCAAGAUUACAUGCACGAGCAUACGCCGCUCGACGAAGCUGACGACGACGACGUAAGCGCAGGCUCGGUCAUGGCACGUCUGCUGAGCCGGGGUCUUAGCGCGCGCCAAUCUUGUAGUCUGCUGUCCAACUCGUCGCUUGCCACAGCAGACACGCUUCAAGAUGCCGAACCGGAGUGGGGAAACGAUGCCAACAUUGUUCGUGCUCCCAAACCCACCGCUGGUGGCAACGGCUCGCAGUCGUCCUUGCGCUCGUCUGCGUCGAAAUCUCUGACUUUCGGCACCAAGCAAGGUGACAAGUCGAGAUGCAACGAGCGAAGCGCAGGUCAGCCCGCUUCGAUGCUUUUGUCAAAGCACGCCAUCAUGCGUAGGGAGAGUGGAUUUUCAAGCACCUCCAGUCGGUCAAGUUAG